AUGGCUGAUCAAUUGAACAUGAACGGCCUGUCUCUUGGCGAGUCCAAGCACGCCGGCGGUCCUCACGGCGGCAUCGGCCGCUCUGCCUACAUUCCUCCUCACCUGCGCAGCCGCGGUGGCGGUCCUCCUCCGAUGGACAAUCUUGACGGUGCGGCUCCAGCUGCCAACCUCAACGGCAGCGCCUGGGCUAGCAACGGCGGCGGCAACCCUGGCUGGAACGGCGCUCCUCCUGCAGGCCCGCCUCAACAGAAUGGUUGGAACGGACAGCCAACACGCGCUUUCAACCCCGAUGCGUAUGGCGCUCCAGGUGGCGGAUAUUCUGGCGGCGGUGGUGGUCACUACGGCGGUGGCGGUGGUGGCGGCCGCGCUCAAGGCUCUGGUGACGGUCAAUGGCGUGAUGGGCGUCACGUUCCAGGCCCUUCGAACCCCAAGACUGAGCGAGAGUUGUUCGGCGACGCCAAUGAUUCGAGCAAACAACAGACCGGUAUCAACUUUGCCAACUACGAUGACAUUCCGGUUGAGGCUUCUGGUCAAGACGUGCCAGAGCCCGUCACCACAUUCACCAACCCUCCUCUCGACGACCACCUCAUCAGCAACAUUGCGCUUGCUCGCUACACGGUUCCUACCCCUGUUCAGAAGUACUCCAUCCCCAUUGUGAUGGGCGGUCGAGAUCUCAUGGCUUGUGCACAGACUGGUUCCGGAAAGACUGGUGGCUUUUUGUUCCCCAUCUUGUCUCAGGCUUUCCAGACCGGCCCCAGCAGUGGUGCCCCUCAGGGUGGCGGCUUCCGUCAACGCAAGGCUUUCCCGACUUCUUUGAUCCUGGCUCCUACUCGCGAGUUGGUGUCUCAGAUCUACGAUGAGGCCCGCAAGUUCGCCUACCGUUCUUGGGUUCGUCCUUGCGUCGUCUACGGUGGUGCUGACAUCGGCACACAGCUGCGCUCCAUUGAACGCGGCUGCGAUCUCCUGGUGGCCACUCCUGGUCGCUUGGUCGAUCUCAUUGAGCGCGGUCGCAUCUCUCUGGCCAACAUUAAGUAUCUUGUCCUGGAUGAGGCUGAUCGCAUGUUGGACAUGGGUUUCGAGCCCCAGAUUCGUCGCAUUGUUGAAGGCGAAGACAUGCCUUCGGUGCAGAACCGCCAAACCCUCAUGUUCUCCGCAACAUUUCCUCGCGACAUCCAGUUGCUCGCUCGCGAUUUCUUGAAGGAUUAUGUUUUCUUGUCUGUUGGUCGUGUUGGAUCUACCUCAGAGAACAUCACCCAGAAGAUCGAAUACGUCGAGGAUGUCGACAAGCGCUCCGUCCUUCUGGAUAUCCUCCACACACACGCUGGUGGUCUCACUCUCAUCUUCGUUGAGACCAAGCGCAUGGCCGAUACCUUGUCCGAUUUCUUGAUCAACCAGGGUCUUCCGGCGACUGCUAUUCAUGGUGAUCGUACUCAGCGUGAGCGUGAGCGCGCGUUGGAGUAUUUCCGCAACGGUCGCUGCCCCAUCCUGGUUGCCACUGCCGUGGCUGCUCGAGGUCUUGAUAUUCCCAAUGUCACCCACGUCGUCAAUUACGAUCUCCCUACCGAUAUUGAUGACUAUGUCCACCGUAUCGGUCGUACUGGUCGUGCUGGCAACACUGGUAUAUCCACUGCUUUCUUUAACCGCGGUAACCGUGGCAUUGUCCGUGACCUCCUUGAGCUGCUCAAGGAAGCUCACCAGGACGUUCCUAGCUUUUUGGAAAACAUCGCUCGGGAGUCCUCUGGCUUCGGUGGAGGCGGCCGUGGUCGCGGUGGCGGUCGUGGCCGCGGUGGAGGUGCGACUCGCGACAUGCGUCGUUAUACUACGGCUGUGACUGCCUUCACUAAACACAAGGACGGCCAGCACGUGCUUUCCUCAUCGUUCCUUCCAACAUACACAACGCCCUCUUCACCCUACGGCAAGGAAGCGGAUUACGUCUACUUGUCCUACUUUCUGCUCAAGGUUGCGCCUCUUCUGUCAACGACCAAGGCGUGGCGCGAUCUUUGGCAGGUUACAGUCCCUCAAAGUGCAUGGACAUCUGAUGCAGUUAGACAUGCACUAGUCGCCAUGGCUGCAAGCUAUGAGGGCCUCAAGCACAACGCCGACAGACAAGCGGUUGUGCUGAAGCAGGUCAACCUUGCCAUCGGUGCUUUUCGUCAGGAAAAGAUCAUUGGACUGCUUUCAGAUAGCAAUGGAAGUUCAGAUUCGGACCGUCUAUCAAGCUCAGAAACACUGGCGGCUUGCUUCAGCCACAUGGGCUGGGGCGCAAAGAUCCUACGGCAAGCAAUGAUCCAAAGUCGUGCUAGCAGCAGCACACAGGAGGCAUCGUCGAUGCCGCUCUCCGACAUCGCCAAGACGAUAGCACCCUCGUUCAUGGUUGUUCUGAAUGAGUCGUUGACGGAAGCAGAUAUGCCGGUUGGAGCUUACCUAUCCGAAGACAAUAAGAACAUCUGGACAGAACUGCUUAGGUUUCGAUCAUCCUUCAAGGAGUACUUCCAGAAAUGGAUGGACCAGAUCUGGCCUUCAGUCAAUCGUGAACUCAAAGCGCAUCUACUCACCAGCUGGGCCAUGAUGAACCAUGCUAUCAGCUCCGUCCUAUAUCCAGAUCUGGUAUCCUUCAACGCACAGGAUCCAAUCAAGCACGCCAGUGUUAUUGAAGAGGAGCUCCGUGAGAAUGGCAAAUUGUAUACUCUCGGUCACCUCACUGCUUUCGCGGACUUCCUCCUCAAAGACAUAGACGCGUUUCUGCUCAAUCUCCCAGGCUUGGACUCUUACAAGCUCGAAAUCUUGAGCCGCGCAUGUCGGCAGGCAGCUACUGGAGCAACAGACCAGAACCAAGGUGUGCAGUCAUGA